AUUGUCACUUUUUGUUGCGCCAGGCAGGAUGUGUAGAAUUUUUAAUCAUUAAUUAAUUUAUAUUUUCUUCUAGUUAAAUAAUGUUAUCUUAGGGAGAUAAUGAGUGUGCUCCGCAUUCAAUUCCUCACAGUCUCUCUGUGAAGUGAGCUCACGGAAACGUGACGCCCAAUACAUAAACGAUGGUGGUCUCGUGAGGAAUACCGCAUUGUGAAAUCGUCAUUGUUUUCGCACAAAUAGUUAUUAUGAUUGUUAUGUAAUUGUUGUUAUUUUAUUAUUGGCGAUCAUUGAAGCUGACAAUGAAGGCCGUCGCGUUGAUCAGCGGCGGGAAGGACAGCUGCUACAACAUGAUGCAGUGCAUCGGUGCCGGGCAUAGCAUCGUGGCGCUGGCCAACCUCCAACCUGUUUACAAAGAUGAAAUGGACAGUUACAUGUAUCAAACAGUUGGUCACCAUGGCAUUGAUCUGUAUGCGGAGGCUAUGGGCCUGCCCCUGUAUAGGGCGAAAAUAUCUGGUGUGGCAGUGGACCAAGGCAGAAACUAUGAGCCAACAGAUAAUGAUGAAGUGGAAGAUUUAUAUAGACUGUUGUCAAAAAUUAAGAAUGAAUUAGAUAUAGAAGCAGUGGCAUGUGGAGCCAUUUUGUCUGAUUACCAAAGAAUAAGAGUGGAAAAUGUAUGUCAGAGGCUAGGUCUAGUGUCACUUGCAUACCUGUGGAGAAGGAACCAAAAAGAGCUGCUGCAAGAAAUGAUAGCCAGUGGCGUUGAAGCCAUCAUUAUCAAGGUGGCAGCCUUAGGUCUCGAUCCACGGGUUCACCUGGGAAUGACGAUCAAAGACAUCCAGCCUCAUAUUCUAGUCAUGCAGGAGAAGUAUGGACUCAACGUGUGCGGUGAGGGCGGGGAGUAUGAGACCUUCACGCUCGACUGCCCGCUGUUUAGGAAGAAACUAGUUAUAGACGAAUCUGAAAUGGUGAUUCACACCGAGGACCCCGUAGCGUCCGUCGGUUAUCUCAACCUAAAGUUACACUUAGAAGAUAAAGGGAACUAUGAAACAAUCAAACUACCUCCAACAGUGAGAAACUCAUUAGAUUUUGUAAAAGACUUGAGCGAUACGGUGUUUAGCGACAUAAGUGAUAUAGAACUGAGCGAGACAGAACUAGAGUCAAUAGAGAAACUGGAGAAAGUUGAGAAGAUAAAGAACAAUGAAAUACACCCAUUGCUGACGUACUCGGGUGAUAAUGUUGAGGCAUUAAACUCUAGUGACAGCGAAGAAGUUGAAGGCGGGUAUUACUAUGACGAGAUGCACGAUCCUAGUGAAAUACACCCAAUUUCGGAUCACAGAACAAUAUAUGGGAACAGACAUGGGUGGUAUUUCAUUGGAGGCAUAGUUGGUGAGGGUGUCGAUACAGCGGUAGCGACAAAGGACGCUAUGAAGAAACUCAUUAACUUACUCGAGUCUGAAAACCUGCAGCUACACGACGUGUGUUCUGUGAACAUAUAUAUGCGUGAUAUGGAGCAAUACGCGGCGCUGAACAGGGUGUACGUUGAUACGUUCUCGUUCCCGAACCCGCCCACCAGAGUGUGCGUACAGUGCCCUCUGCCGAGCGACGUUGGACUUAUAUUAGACGGGGUUGCUUACAAAGCGGUCAACAAUAACCAGGACAGCGACGGGAUUUUAAAGGAACGCAUGACGAUGCACGUCCAAGGCAUAUCGCAUUGGGCGCCAGCGAAUAUUGGACCAUACAGUCAAGCUUUUAAGGUGGGCGAAGUUCUCGGCACGUGCGGGCAGAUCGCGCUCGUGCCGGGCUGCAUGCAGCUGACGGAGGGCGGCGCGCGCGCGCAGUGCUCGCUCGCGCUGCGGCACCUCACGCGCGUGUUGAGGGCGGCGCACCCUAGGGCUCACAUUCGGAGCGUCGUGCAGAGCGUGUGCUACGUAACGGGGCGCGGCGCGGCGCGCGAGGCUCGGCGGCAGCUCGAGCGGCGCACGGCGGGCGCCAUCGUGCAGUGCGCCGUGGUGCAGGCGCUGCCGCGCGCCGCCAACGUCGAGUGGCACGCCUGGGCGCACACCGACAACAACCGAUUCGAAUACGAGGAGACGGGCUGCAACGUGGGCGACUACAAGGUGGCCAUCACGCGCCGCUGGAACUACGAGAACACUGUCGCCGCCAUCGUGUGCUAUGUCGCUACAGGCUCGUCCCCGUCCACGAGCCAGGUGUCGUUCCCCGACGCGGCGGCGUGCGGCCGGCACCGCGCGCACGCCGCCGCCAUGCCGCCGCGCGAGCUGGCCGCCGUGCUGGAGUACGCGCUGCGCAAGCUGCUCAACGACUGCCAGGAGCGCGAGCCCUGCCCCGCGCUCUACGUCAGGAUAUUCUACCAGGUGUCUGUCUGUAACUGUGGCUUGUCCCCGGCCACGAGCCAGGUGUCGUUCCCCGACGCGGCGGCGUGCGGCCGGCACCGCGCGCACGCCGCCGCCAUGCCGCCGCGCGAGCUGGCCGCCGUGCUGGAGUACGCGCUGCGCAAGCUGCUCAACGACUGCCAGGAGCGCGAGCCCUGCCCCGCGCUCUACGUCAGGAUAUUCUACCAGGUGUCUGUCUGUAACUGUGGCUUGUCCCCGGCCACGAGCCAGGUGUCGUUCCCCGACGCGGCGGCGUGCGGCCGGCACCGCGCGCACGCCGCCGCCAUGCCGCCGCGCGAGCUGGCCGCCGUGCUGGAGUACGCGCUGCGCAAGCUGCUCAACGACUGCCAGGAGCGCGAGCCCUGCCCCGCGCUCUACGUCAGGAUAUUCUACCAGGUGUCUGUCUGUAACUGUGGCUUGUCCCCGGCCACGAGCCAGGUGUCGUUCCCCGACGCGGCGGCGUGCGGCCGGCACCGCGCGCACGCCGCCGCCAUGCCGCCGCGCGAGCUGGCCGCCGUGCUGGAGUACGCGCUGCGCAAGCUGCUCAACGACUGCCAGGAGCGCGAGCCCUGCCCCGCGCUCUACGUCAGGAUAUUCUACCAGGUAUGGGGCUCCCCUACGCCGGCGAGCAUGUCCGCGUGUGCGGCGGCGGUGGGCGCUCGGCUCAACGCGCGCGUGGCGCUCACCGCCGUGCCGGUGGUGGCGCUUCACAACGCCUUCACCUUCCUCUCUAUCAGCGGCCUGCGCUUGCAGGAGUGACGUCACCCGUACUCAGCCCAUAAAAUAGGAAUGCAGAUGCUUUAUUGCCGUUUUAAAAAUAUAUUUGCUGAAUGUUUUUCAGUCUUUAUAAAAUUUUGUUAAUUAUGCUACCGAGUUUACCAUAUUUUAAGUCGAAAAUAUAUAAAUUAUUUUUAUUGCA